CCCGGAGCCCUGGGGCCUCCCACGAAUUUCAGGACAGAGCUCUAAGCUUGCUCUGCCAAAAAUCAGGCCCUCAGUCCUGCCGGUGGGAACCAGACUUCUCUCCCUUCGACCCCAAAGGCCAGAGUCCAGCCCUCUUCUCCCUCAGACCCGGGAGUCCAGGUCCUCAGCCCCCUCCUCCCUCGGAUCCCGGAGUUCGGGGCUCCAGUUUGAACUUCUCCACUCCCCUAAAUCCGACUCCUGCUGCUGCGUCAGGGAAAAAAUAAGCGACAGGUGGCACCUGCCCGCAGGGCCGGGUCGCGACCACCUGCUCCCGCCGCUCACCCGGCGCCCCUCUCCAGGCACCUGCUUCUGUCAGUCCGCCCGCCGCUGCCCCGCCCGACCCCGCAGCCCCAGGACGCGGAGGAGGAGCGACCCAGGGAACCCCGACGUUCGCCCCGCCCCAGUCCCUCCCAGCCCGUGCUCCCGCCCCUUCUUAGGGUCCCAGGCGGGGCUCCUGUCUCCCCCCUCCCCCCCCGCCCCAUUCCACAGGCUCCUGGCACGCCCUAGAAAGGGGUGUCCUAGGCGGUCCCAGGCUGGUGGGGCGGAGCCUGCGGCCUCCAGCCUAGACCAGGGGAUUCAACCCGCUCCAGAGCACUGCUGCGCCGAGCCCACCUGGUGAGAAGCCCCUGGGAUGGGGGUGGGGGGAACCCACCUUAACUCUUCUGUCACCUCUCUGGUCCCAGUCCCUUCCUCACAGACCAUGGUGGCUGACGCCCACCCACUCCCCUCUCAAAUGCAGGUGGCGGAGACCCUUCCCAAUUCCCCAGGAACCUACCGGGUCCCUUUCCCCUCUUGAUCAAGGGUGUUGGAUUCUAGUCCCUUCAGAGUAUUGAGCUCUAUCCCUUCACCCUCUUUUCCUUCCUCUCUUUUCACAGGCCCAGGGGUCUCCUUUCAUAGAUCGCAGUCUUUCCUCCCCCAGGCUCCAGGAAUUGGGGCCCUCAACCCCCUUCUCCCUCAAAUCCAGGAGUGCGAGCUCCCAGCCCCUCUUCCCUCAGGCUCCAGAAGUUCUGGUUCAAGGCCUCUCCUAUCCCUAAGCCCCUGAGGCCCUUUCCCUGCUGCCUUCACAGGGAGGGACAGCCUCCUGACCUCCACUCUGACCCUCCUCCGGUGGGGGCCCUGUCCUCCCCUCAGUCCAGGUCCCCAUCACAGCCUUGGCAAUGACUCUCGCAACUUCCUCUCAGCGCUCCCAAAUCAUUCGCUCCAAGUUCAGAUCUGUCCUCCAGCUUCGGAUCCACAGACGGUAUCAGGACCCAAGCCUCUCAGGGUCCUUCACUGCCUCUCCAGUCUUGGAUCCAGAUCCGUGGGUCUCAGCGACAGACCCUGCUCUGGCCCCCAGGGCUCCGGCCCCAGUCUCGCCCUUGGGCCCCACCCCUUUCCUCCUCAGCCCUGGGGACCUGCUCCAUGAAUCAGAAUACUGCCCUUGGAGGUCCCUGAAGGAGUCUCCCAAGAUCUCCCAACAUUGGAGAGAGCCCAAGCCAAAGGGGAACUUGACCUACCACCAGUACAUGCCCCCAGGGCGGAGACAAGGGUCCAGGGUAGACUCCCAGGCCAAAGGGUUGGCCUUGGGUCCCCCUGGACCACCUCUGUGGGAAGGGACAAACUCACAGCAGCCACCUCCCAGGAUGAAGCCCACUGCCCUCACUCCCUCCCCACCUGGAGUCCCCAGCCCCUCGCCCCCUCCACACAAGUUGGAACUUCAGACCCUUAAGCUGGAGGAGCUGACGCUCAAGCCGAGCCCAAACUCUCACCCUCCGCCUCCUGCAAGUGCCUCGGACACCCCUGCUACUGCUGCGGUCCCGGCCCCGGCCCCGGCUCCGGCUGCGGCUCCAGCACCGACUCCUUCCUCAGCACGGCCCACGGCGGCCCUGACUGUGGAGGAGGAGCUGCAGGAAGCCAUCCGCAGGGCACAGUUGCUUCCGAACCGGGGCAUUGAUGACAUCCUGGAGGAUCAGGUGGAGCCUGAGGACCCGCUGCCCCCCAUCCCCCUGGACUUCCCCGGCUCCUUCGACGUGCUGUCCCCCUCCCCGGACUCUGAAGGCCUCUCCUCUGUCUUCUCUUCCUCGCUCCCGUCCCCCACAAACUCCCCGUCCCCCUCUCCCAGGGGCCCCACAGACUCCUUGGACUGGUUGGAGGCUCUGAGUGGAGGUCCCCUGCUAGGCUGUGGUCCCCCAGCCCCCAGCAUCUUCUCUGCUGACUUAUCUGACUCCAGUGGAACCCGGCUGUGGGACCUGCUGGAGGAUCCAUGGUGAUGGAUGCUGGGGUUUCCAGGGACGGAGAACUGGUGGGCAUGGGAAGGUCACCGAGACAGACUCCCAAAGGAGGGGGUGGGACAACCGGCAGAGCCCCUCCCACCACAGACACAGAAUCAGAGAGGACUCUCAUCCCCACCAGGCCCCGAACUGCUGCUGACAUGCCAACCGCCUGACUCUCGCCUGCCUGACCUCCAUAUGAUCCCCUCCAUCGUUGUGUGGUUGGGGGCCGGGAGGUGUCAUUUGCUGCGGGCCAGGGGCAAACAAGCUGCUUGCUGCUUCCUUCAGAGACCUCAUGGAUGUCUUUGUUCCCACCUUAUCCCCUCCCAUGCCACCAACUAGAUGGGAGUCUGGAAGGUGGUCUGUGUUUUUUUGGGUACAGGAGAGGGGGCAGGGAAGAGUCAGGAGGGAGAAUAGGGAGCCAGACCCUUGGCUUCCGGUCGGAAGUGAGAGUAUCAGAAGCGUCAUGUCUGAGGUCAGAUUCUCUUGGAAGCAGAGCCCGAGACAAGAUUCGUGUGCCCAUGAUUUAUUAAAGAAAUGCUCCGAGGAGAAACCAAAAAGGAGCGGAGGAAACCAAACAGUGAAGGGGAAGAAGACUAUCAAGAGUAUGGCUUCAGGUGAAGUCCCAACCUCUGCGUGAUCCCAUGGGGAGCUCUGGAGGAUAAAUUAAGUUGCAGGGUCUUUCUUACCCUGAGGUAAAAGGAGCUAGGCUUUUUUUGGGGGGGGGGAGCUAGGCUUUUGAGGCAGAGGGAGAUCCCUAUUUGGGUUUCUUAUUACUGAAUAUCAAGCCACCCCCAAACUUAGAGUCUUUUUUUUUUUUUUUAAGAUUUUUUAUUUAUUUAUCUGAGAGAGAGAAUGGGAGACAGAGAGCAUUAGAGGGGGAGGAUCAGAGGGAGAAGCAGACUCCCCGCUGAGCAGGGAGCCCGAUGCGGGACUCGAUCCCGGGAUUCCAGGAUCAUGACCUGAGCUGAAGGCGGUCGCUUAACCAACUGAGCCACCCAGGCGCCCCAAACUUAGAGUCUUAAAAUAAUAACUAUUUAUGAUCACUCCCAGUUUCAUGGGUUGACUGGCUCAGCAAGGCAGUUCUUUGGCAUCAUAUGACUAGGGCUGCAGUCAUCCUAGGGUCCAAGUGGGCUGGACCAUCCAAGAUGGGCUCAGACAUGUCUGGCGCCUUGGCAGGAAUGGCUAGUAUGUUGGAGCCAGCCGGGCUGUGGUCUCUCCGGUAGGGUAACCGGACUCCCUACAUGGUAGCUCAGGGUCCCCCAAAGCGAGCGUUACUGCAGCAGGAAGCAGAAGUUGCCAGUCUCAUAAAGACCAGGCUUGGAACUGGCCCAGUGUCACUUGCACUAUGCUCCAUUGGUUAAUGCAAGUCAGGCUGGCAGAAGAUGGGAGGGGGCUACAAAGAUGUAGGAAUCUUGGAGGCAUGGUCAUUGGGGACCAAAUAUGGAGACUCCGCUACACCCCUCUUGUCAGUCAUGAAGAGAGGGCGGGACAUAGACUGCGGGCACCUUGAGCCCCAGGGCAGUCCUGGGAAGAAGGUCACAGAGGAAGCCCAUAAGCAGCAAAAUCUUGUAAAAUAUAGGUUUUAUUAUUAUUCAGGUGUGGGGAAGCCGAUAUAUCAGAAUGACCGCAAUUGAAAAGAUCCUUUACUGGGGCGCCUGGGUGGCUCAGUCAGUUUGGUGGCUGACUCUUGAUCUCAGCUCAGGUCUCAAUCUCAGGGUCGUGAGUUCAAGCUCCACACUGGGCUCCACACUGGACGUGGAGCCUACUUAAAAACAAAAAAACAAAAAAGAUAGUUUGUUAUUCUCACAGAUCCCCAAAGAAGGGGGUGUGCCAAGCCAUGCACGGCCACCUGGGGAAGUGCCAAGGUAGUCAGGAGGCAGGGGGGGAGAGGGGAGCCCUGAGCAAAAGUCUUUGUUGUGGUUUCUCAGUGAGGGAACAGGGGAGGCAGGGUAAGCUGGCUUAAGAUUGUCUAGUAUGAAUGAUUUCACCUGGCUCUGGGGUGUAGGGACCAUCCCUAGUUGUCUGGAACGAGGUCCUGCGGUGAUAAGGCCGAGGAAUCAUGGCCCGGAGGAGUAUACAAGCUCAUAAAGGAAAUGGUUGGGGGUCUGGGCUCUGGAUUGGUUGGUUUGCAUAUGCAAAGCAUGCUCCUGGGUGAGUCCUUUAUUAUCUCUGGGAAUUUGCUAGCCCUGGGAGGGAGGGGCAGUCCCUCCAGAUGUCAAAGCACCAGAAAGACGGGAAAUAAAAAGCCAUAAUGAACGCGGAGAGCACACAGAAGAUGGAGAGUGGGGGGGCCUGAGUGCAGAGAGCCGGGAAGAGGGAUCUAGAUCUAUCUGAGGGGACCUGGGUGGGCCAUCCACAGUAUCCACUACAGGUGGAAAAGGACAGCAGAUCAGUGACGUGCGACAGUACCCAGAGCCAGUGACUGCCCCUCGUUUGGGGCUGUCUGUUUGCUCAUGGGUCCAGUGAGAAUGAGGUGUUCACUGAGCCCUACAGCCCAGUGAGGAUGAGAUGUUCACUGAGACUUCCCAUGAGCUGGACCUGCCGUGGGAGACAUGCUGACAAAUAAUCACCCUUAUGAGCUGCGAAUCCACGACUGUAGUUCCUCCAUGGGCAUUAGAGAGUCAUGAGAGAACAGGUAAGGGAGGGAGAGAUCUCUACCAUGAGGCAAAGGCAGUCUUUGGAGUCUUCUGACCAGUCAGGGAGGUGUCGGAUGGACGCUUUAAAUCAGAUUCAUGAGUCCAUAGCCUGUGCCCUCAGAGUUGAAAAAACAGAGCCCCAGUCUCUGCUCUGGUGAAGCUCAGACAUUUGCACAGAGAGAGUACCAGUGCAGGGGGAUAAGGAUUUUCACGGCAGAGGGGCCAUGACUCCUAGAAAGUACCAGAAGCCGUGGGGAUUGUGUAGGGCAGUCAGAGGAACAGCCUGAGGAACCUUGUGAGGUCAGGGCUGCUGGAACAAAAGGUGGUGGUGUGGCUGCCCCAGAUUUUGGGGUGGACGCGGGUGGCGGUUGGGGCCUGCAGGCACCUUGCGGUCAGGCUGAAAAUUGGGGGUAAAGGGGCGCCAUCAGCCCUGGAAAGAUCAGGAAGGGGUGUGGUGGUGCUUCUGUCUGUCUCAUCUUGGCCCAACUCUGAGCUUGUGACCCUCUGUCCCCAUGUCUCCUGCGUCCAGGGGACGGCAGCUCCAGAGGGAGUCGGGCCGAGGGGUGGCGGCUAAGGAAUUCUCUGGUAGGUGGAGAUUUGAAAGACAGGCACAGGCUUGGGUAGAGUGUGCAUGUUUGAACCCAGCAAUGGAGAGAAGGACUUGGGCCCUACACUCCCCACCACCUGUCACCCAACCCUUCUCCACACAUCCCAGUUGCUCCCUCCUGUCCCCCAGGGAGAGGGCUGCACCGCCCCCAAAGGCUGGUCCAAAGGGGGACACAGGAAGACGGGGAGUACCAUGUUGCCAUCCCAUGAGCUCAGUAGACACAUGAGAAAGACCACGAAUACAUUAAACAAAUGACCAAAAUUAUCAAUUUUUUUUUUUAAGAUUGUAUUUAUUUACUUGAGAGAGAGAGAGCAUAGAGGGAGAGGGAGAAGCAGACUCCCCACUGAGCAGGGAUCCUGAUGUGGGGCUCGAUCCCAGGACCCCGGGAUCAUGACCUGAGCCCAAAGCAGACAUUUAACUGAGCCACCCAGGUGCCCCUAUCAAUUUGUCUUAUAGACAUAAUCUCCAGAAGGUUGCAUUGAGUAGACUGGAGAAUAUACUCGUUUUUCUUUCUCCUCCUCCCCCACCCCUCCCCGUUUCUCUGGCCCUCCCUGUCUCUUUCUCCCUCCCUUCUCUGUCUCUGUCUAUGUUACCACAUACCCUGCUCAGUGGGGAGUCUGCUUCUCCCUCUCCCUCUGUUGCUCUCCCUGCUUGUGCUCUCUCAAAUAAAUAAAAUCUAAAGAAAAAAAAAAAAAA